AUGGCGUUAGCAGAAAACGAAGAGUAUGAGGCAAGCGUUGUUGAGAAUGAGCUUGUCGAUGAGCUUGCCCCGCUUCUCUCCAAUGGGACCGAGCCUGCGCUGUAUAAGACGAUAAGUCGUAGAAGUGACGCAGGCGAUCUGCCACCAGACGAUGCAGAUCUAGAGCUUGCGAAGCAGAAGCAAGAACAAGUCCGGACGGCAGACAGCACGAGCGGAGUGUACGCGACCAUUUCAGUGCUGCUGCUGGGUGUGUUCGUCUCACAGACAGAUCAGAGUCUGGUCCUCACAGCAAACGCUUCCUGGAUUAUUUCAGCCUACAUCCUCGCACAAUGUGUCGCCCAGCCACUUUACGGGAAGUUGAGCGACAUCUAUGGCCGCAAGGCGUGCUUGCAGACGUCGUACUUUCUGUUCACCGUAGGCGCCGCCGGGACGGGUCUUGGCCAGACAAUGGGCCAAGUCAUCGCCGCGAGAGCGAUUCAAGGUUGUGGUGCUGCGGGUAUGACGGCUAUGGUGUCGAUCAUUGUGACUGAUUUGGUGCCGUUGCACGAGGUUGCGACUUUGAGGAGUUAUAUCAAUGUGCUCCAGACGACCGGAAGGAGCUGUGGUGGUGUUAUCGGUGGUGCGUUGACGCAGGCGCUUGGGUCGCGGUGGGCGUUCUUGGUUCAGGUACCGCCCUCGAUUGUUGCUAUGCUGCUCGUCCAAUGGAGACUUCACAUGCCCUCGAAGCACAGCAGCAACUUGUCCAUUGCAGAAAAGGUCAAACGAGUCGACUUUGCAGGCGCGAUCUUCCCGUGCGCGACCAUCUUCUCGAAGUAUGCUUGGGGCUCUAACGUGAUCACUGUUAUGGGACUGGUCUUCGCCAUCAUGUUCGUGGCCUUCAUCGUGUCUGCCAAGUUGGCAACGGAGCCGAUCUUCCCGUUGAGGAUGAUGGGCCAAUAUCCGGUAUGGACGAACUACCUGCUAUGUGCUCUCCAGGUCCUGGUCCAGUCACAGCCAAAGCCAAAACCUGCUGCGGCUGGAGCAUACCUCAUUCCGGCAUUCAUGGGCAACACUGUCGGUGGACUGAUAUCAGGUUACUGGAUCAAGUACACCGGAAGGUAUAAAUGGCCAACCGUUGUUGCCCCUUUCCUCUCAAUAAUAACGAUGAUCUUGUGCUACACCACUUGGAAUGGGCAUACCGAUUUGCUUGCAGCUUUGGCCGUAUUGCCUGGUGGCAUGGCGGCAGGGAUGAUGAGCAGCUCUUCCUUUGUCGGACUGGCAGCAGGUGUCAGCGAGGAAGACAUGGCUGUUGCAGGAUCUGGCUUGUAUCUGUUCUUCAACCUCGGUGCUAUUGCUGGGUCGAGUGCUGGCUCGGCAGUGUACCAGACUACGCUCAAGUCUGGUCUUCAGGAGGCUGUGAAGGAUCUGCCCGAAGGUCAAACGAUUAUGCAACGUGCCCUCGAGAGUAUCACAUACGUCCAGAACGCUAGCGAACAGAUCCGGGAACGAAUUGUACCCGCUUUCGUGAAUAGCUUUCAUCGAGUCAACCUACUUGAGAUGAGCUUCGCGGUGUUGUGCUUGUUCGUGGCCCGUAUAUCUCAACAGACAGGGCUGAAGCGGUCGCAAGGCUAG